UUGGCAAACCUUAUUCGCGCGCACAAAGGUCGGAUAGUAAUAUACACAGGGGCUGGUAUCAGCACCUCCACAAACAUUCCAGAUUACAGGGGAACUAAUGGACUUUGGGUUCGUGAUAAAACGCAAGUGUCUUCUGGUUUGAUCUUGCCGUGCACGCAUACAGUGGACAGCAUGUUGCAUAUGAAGCGAAAGCCAACCAUUGUUUCCGAACCUUCACCUUCUGCUUCUCAGUUGGGAGCAUCUGGUAAAUCACCAAAUAGUCCCCGGGUUCCAUCUAGGCUCCGCCUACCUGAGGCCACCACCGCCACUCCCACCUUCACACACAUGGCGAUUAAAACGCUUGUUGAACAUGGAUAUGUGCGCCACGUGGUUUCUCAAAAUGUGGAUGGAUUACAUGUGCGGAGUGGGCUACCUCGAGACAAGCUCUCGGAACUUCAUGGGAAUCUCUUCUUGGAGCAAUGCAUUGCGUGCAACUCAGUGAUCAUGCGCAAUUUCGAUGUGGCUGAAACCACCGGACGAGGUCGGCAUAUUACUGGUCGGAUUUGCCCUAAGUGUCGUGCUGCACGUCCGGGUGAGUGUCUUCUCACCUACCACACGCUGUGCGCUGCUGUGGAGAAACAUUUGCAAUCGAAGCGAAAUCCGAAGUCUCCGGCGGCAAUUAUGCUUGCUCAGAAGCACGUAGCUACCAAACUUUCAAAGACAGUCAGAAUGUCUAGGUCGGAGGACGCUGACACCUCUCACGAAGCUCCCCUUCUUCGAGAUGUCAUUGUACAUUUCUACGAGCGCCAGCCGGAGGCCGGUCUGGCAGAAAUCUACCGCGUUUCGGCUGCCAUUGAGGCGGUUCAUGGUCGUAGUCAAUUACGUUCGUGUAUAGCGUCAUGCCUGAACCAUUCUUAUUUCGAUCCCAAGCUGGAUAAUCCAAUAUCAAAGUCGUUAAUGAAUUCCCCAUGGUUUCGGCAAAUGCUUCCCGCGUUCAAGCUGUCUAACCUACCAGACAGUUCUUAUGACCCCACUUUUGAUUCUCCAGCGACUCUCAUCAUUGUCCUUGGCUCUUCGCUGUGCGUGUUACGCAACUAUCACUUCCUGUGGCCGCAAGGCCUUGGACGGUGUCUUAGCAAAUGUAUUCCAAAUGUGACUAACAGCCUCUCCUUAGAUGUUGAUCGCUGUCGUUUGGCAAUUGUCAACCUGCAACCGACAUGUAAAGAUGGUCUAGCCGAUCUGGUAAUUCGUUCUUCCUGUGAUCAAAUCCUUCAGCUGAUAAUGCACGAUUGUCUGGGUAUCCAAGUACCGAAGUACAGAGCUUUUGUUGACGACCCUUUGUAUACAGACGCUGUACCGUUGCUGUCCGAAGAAGAACACACGCGUACCCGUCCAAAUAUCCCCUUUCACUCACAUUCGUGA